AUGGCGCUGUGCUGUGCGAUUAGCAAUGAAGUUCCGGAGCAUCCGGUGGUCUCACCUGUGUCUGGCCACGUCUUUGAGAAGAGGCUCAUUGAGAAGUACAUCGGUGACAAUGGGGCCGACCCGAUGAAUGGAGAGAAACUGUCUGUGGACAUGCUACUAGACAUAAAAACAUCACCCCUUGUGAAGCCACGACCUCCGUCAGCCACCAGUAUUCCUGCUAUCCUCAAGUCUCUACAAGAUGAGUGGGAUGCUGUCAUGUUACACAGUUUUACUCUAAGACAGCAAUUACAGACAGCUCGUCAAGAGUUAUCUCACGCCCUGUACCAGCAUGACGCCGCUUGUCGUGUCAUCGCUCGUCUUACCAAAGAAGUCACAGCUGCCAGAGAGGCUCUGGCCACUCUCAAGCCACAGGCAGGUAUUACUGCCGGAGCUCCAGGCUAUGUUCCUGCUGCACCUCAGCCCGCAUAUGGUGCAGAAGCUGGACCAGAGAAGGCCCAACAGCCAAUGGAGGAAGCCGGCAUGAGUGAGGAGGUCAUACAGAAGUUAUUGGACAAGGCAGCCUUGCUUACAGCUGAACGUAAAAAGCGAGGUAAAACCGUCCCAGAGGGCCUGGCCACCACGGAUGACAUCAGACAGUACAGACAGCUGGCCACACAUACUGGUUUACACAGCGCCAGCAUACCUGGAAUCCUCUCCCUGGACGUCUGCCUGAAGGAUACCGCCAAGAUCGUUACAGGUGGUAAUGACAAGAACGCUGUGGUGUUCAACAAAGACACAGAACAGGUCAUGGCCAUUCUCAAAGGUCAUACCAAGAAGGUCACCAGUGUUAUAUAUCACCCGGACGAGGAGCUUGUGUUCUCGGCCUCCCCUGACUGUACAAUCAGAGUUUGGGGCAUACAGACAGCCCAAUGUGCCCAGAUCAUCCGUGCCCAUGAGGCCCCGGUCACGGGCAUCAGUCUCCACGCCACUGGGGAUUAUCUCCUCAGCUCGUCCGCAGAUACGAAUUGGGCGUUCUCUGACAUCAGGACUGGUCGUGUUUUGUCUAAAGUCUCAGACACAUCUUCUCAGCAUGUGCCGGCGCUGACAUGUGCCCAGUUCCACCCUGACGGUCUGAUCUUUGGGACGGGCACAGAGGAUGCCAUGGUGAAGAUCUGGGAUCUUAAGGAGCGGAUCAACGUGGCCAACUUCCCCGGCCACAGCGGGCAGAUUACCAGCAUUGCCUUCUCCGAGAACGGUUAUUAUCUGGCCACCUCAGCUGAAGAUGCUGUUGUUAAGUUGUGGGAUUUGAGAAAACUGAAGAACUUCAAGACGAUACAGCUAGAUGACAAAUAUGAGGUGAGGUCAUUGUGUUUUGACCACAGUGGUACGUACCUGGCUGUGGCAGGUACAGACGUGAGAGUGUACCUGUGUAAGCAGUGGCAAGACCUGGUCAUGUUUAACGACCACACUGCUCUGGCCACUGGUGUGCAGUUUGGACACAACGCCACUUUCCUCGCCUCCUCCAGCAUGGAUAGAUCUGUCAAGUUCUUCGGUCUCCAGUGAGGUUCACCAGGCUGUAUGUAAAAUGUAGGUAUAAUGGUGUUUGGUACAGUGGCUGGAAGAGGUAUAACAUAGCAUACCAACCUGUUUGGUGACGUGGCAUCACUUGAGCAGCCCAUGAUUUUGCCAUGUCAUAUGAUCUUGCUACUGCCUGUAAAAGAUGUGAGUAUAUUACAUUGUAAUGCGUUUGUCUGUGGAGGAAAUACACAGUUACACAGCGAGUUUCAGUCCUUAAUGUCAGACCCAGAAUUUCCAAGAGCAAAAUAACAAGAAUUGGGUUCUUAAGAUUGUUCGUAGGCUAUUGUGAAAAUCUUAACAGGCCGUUUUAGGCCAUGCUCAGGUCUGACAUAGUGUAUGAUGUUAUGGCCUUUUACAUAUGGUUUGGCUACCCUUAAUAACGGUACCAUAUGUAUUUGAAGAACAUUAUAUGGUGUAAAUGAUGUUGUCAAAUGUUAAAAGGUUUUGGCACUUGAACAUGGUGUUAUCUUAUGUGAAUGGUGUUGUCACUUUAUAUGACGGUGUCCUACCUGUAUACACACAGAGAUAAUUUGGUACCUCAUGUGAAAUGUUGCUGCCGUCAUCAUUUGGCUGGGACACCUUUUUGAAAGUGUUAUAAUGUGUAAAAUGGUGUCACCACUUCUGUAUGGUGUAAUCCCGUGUAAAUUGUUGUAACAGUCAGUUUUUGGCAUGACAACAUAUGAAGCAUUGAUAUGCAGUGUGUAAAAUGGUUUCACCACUUCCAUAUGGUGUUAUCCUUUGUAAAAUGGUUUCACCACUUCCAUAUGGUGUUAUCCCUUGUAAAAUGGUGUAACCAUUGGCAUUUGGCUUGAAAACUUAUAAAGCAGUGUCAUACAGUAUGUACAUGUAAGUGGUGUCAUCUUCAAUAUAGCAUCAUCCCAUCGUGUAAAAUGGUGUUUCCACUAGCAUGUGAUGUGGACACCCUUUUAAGGUGAUAUCUCCGGUAAAUUGGUGUCCUCUCUGUACAGCCCUCGCUACAUUCUUGUAUACUAAUCAUCAACUCAUUAUAACAUAACACUUCUUGUUAUCUGUGUAUUGAAAGAAAAAUAUAAAUGUGACGGACGUAUAACUGCUCUGGUGUUUUCCUUAAGGCAACACCAGUCUUAUUUUGUGUUUUACGGGUGGGCUUCAACUAAAUAAAAAUCCAAAAACAGAGGGGGAGAAAAAUGUGAAUCCACCGUUUUAUGUUGUCCGAUCUUGCUGUUUUUUAUGAUUUUGCUGUUUUUCAAGGCUUUUCCAAUCCCAUAAAUACCUAUUAAAGUGAAAAAAUUUUGCUGGGACAGUCCAUAUUUCCCAAGAAUUCUUUCAGUUUUAUUUGUUUGUUUUAUACCCUCUUCACACAUUGAAAAAAGAUUCAUUCAGCCCAUAAAACAAAAAAAAGUUUAUUGAUGUCGCCAAAGGCUUAAAAUUGUAUUUUUUUUUUUUUAAGGGACUAAUAAUUUGUGACUAACGGUGAUAUCAGUAUUUCACUGCAGAGAAAAAUUAUUGGUCACAUGAUCAUUUUGUGCAAGUAUUGGAUUUGAGGUAAAUACAGGGACUUUGUGUCAUAAAAUGAAAAGAAGGGUGUAAUAGCAAGAGUAAAUGCAUGAGAUAAGAUUUGACAUUUGUGAGGUAGGAAGUAGUAAAGAAAAGAUGCUGUGGCUAAACCUGUGUUUAAAGAAGUGGCUUGGAAGGCAAUGAAUAAACAUUUUUUUUUCCUGUUGAAUUAAUGUUAACUCAUAUAUUUUUUUUGGUACUGUGCAUUUUCAUGAAUGUUCAUGAUAAAAGUUUCAGUGAACAGUUCUGUAACAGAAUUUGCUAAUAUAAUUUGAGGAGUUGAGUGUUUCGUGAAUUGAGUGUCUCUGUGACACCAUUUUUACAGACUCCGUUAGAUCUGAUGUCAAGCGUGACCAUCCAAAUUGGUUAAUAGCCAUAGAAUUGUGUGUUACCUAUUUAAAUGUGCAUGUAUACAUGCAAUUAUAUCAAGAAUUUCACUGAUGUUCAAAAAUGUAGUAUACAGAGGAUAACAGAACAAUAUGUUCAAGAUACUGAUGUUGGAAAGUACUUCUUUGUUUCGAAAUCAUCAUCUGAAUUGGCAAUGGUAGAAAUGUUGCACAGGUAGAAAUGUUGACGUAUAUAGCACCCUGUGUUAGGAAUGUGGGUAAAAUUAUCAUUAUAUAAAGGUAUGAAAUAGGAGUGCUAAUUUUCAUACGGGAAGCUGUUGAGAUCUUGAUGAACUCCAGUACUGAUGUAAUUCUGAACUGCUUAGUUCAUUUUCCUACCGAAAAUAUCAAUCUGUUAAAUGGAUCUGCAUGGACUGGAAAGAUGGGGGAUGGAGAAAAUGCCAGCAUUGAUGUACAACAAGCUGUGCAGAGUGAAAGAGAAUCAGUUAUUUGUAAAAAAAAUACGAUAAUUACAUCACUUUUCAAUUUUACUGUACGAGCUUGUCAUUCAUUCUGUUCUCAUGAAUAAAUUUUUACGUUUGUGAAAAUUGAA